UUCAAAGACUACUACAAAAUAUUACAAAAGACAAACAACCAUUUUGUUCAACUACAUCUACUACACCUACAAGCAAUACUCCACUUAAGAAAUUGAUCCUUAAAACUACCGCCAUGGCCUUUCCAAUCGAGUCGUCUAGAAUGUAUAAGGAUCUCAUCAAAGAUCCUAUCAAGUCACCACUUCAGUGGGAAACACUUAAGCUCAAAGAGGAAGCAGAAAGAGAAUCCGACAUCAGGAGACGAGUCGCCCACUACAGCCAGGUCUGUCUCGACUAUCUAGAAAUAAGUAAAGAAGGCGUCGAUGCGCUUGAUAAAGCACGCAAGACGUCGAAGGAAACGGGAAAAUUAGAGUCCGAUAAUCCUUCACAGAAACCACGCGCGUACGUUCAUGUUAGUCAACUUACCUAGGUAACCUGAGUUGACCUUACUAGACAACUAAAACGGCUAUAUCCUCUCGACAGCAAAACAAUCGAAGAUUUCGCCCAGAAAAAGAAAGACAAAUAUAUUGCAGCAAAUAAGUCAAAAGCUCCCAAACCCGACCCAGAAGCUUUUGAAGAGUUCAUAAACUCCUAUAAGACCAUCGAGGAAUGUAAGAAACGGAAUCCAGUCAUGUAUGAGAAACUCGUCGCAAGCGCAGCUAAAUCUCUCUCUUUCCCCUUCGAUGCCAUAGAGAGAACUUUCAUAGACGAAGUUGAAGCCUGGAGAGCCUUUAGCAAGCAUAAUGGCCUGGAAAAUACGGAACUUGAAUUGUUUUUAGCCUCGGUGGUCAACAAGAUUCUGGUGUUCGGAGGUGUAUCGCUUGCUCCGGGUCUUCCCCCAUCUUCUCACGAUUCACGAAGCCUAGAACACUUCGCUACUGAAGACUUGUUAAAGGGCUUGAUAGAGACCAUUCAGCAUUGGGCGGUAAUUAAUAUGAGAUAUUGGUUGACAAAAGUCGACCGAACCAAAGAAGGCCUCGAAGACGAGCAGGGGCAGGAGCGUUCCGACAAUAUUAAAAUCUACCUUCAGAGCCAGUAUUAUUUGGACCUGGAUAAAAGACUGGCUUCAAAAUACGAGAUGCAGGUUCUCAACGCCGAUACUGAUAAAACAGGUGCUUGGCUUAUGAUUGAUGAGUCAACAAUCAUUGUUGAACUCCAGCCAUCCUUCCCAAAUCUCCAGCUUGCUUUCGAGAUCACUCGACCUGCUGCUGUUUUGUCAUUUCAGCCCGUCACUGAAGAGAGCUUUGAACCGAUUGCUGUGUUCCCAGCUGUGAUAGAGACAGAAGGCGGGAAUAUUCAAAUUCCAGGGAUUGGUCGGUUCGUCACAGCCCCCUCCCCUUUCCUAUAUCAAACUCUGUUUCUCAAAGGUUACUGACAGCUCCUAGCUCUGCUUAUACCUUUGAGAGAUUUAGCAAGGACUAUGCUACUUUGAGAUUACGACCCCCUGCAAAUCUGAUAUAGGCUUUGUUAUUUACGAUGGCCCUGAUGGACAGACUGGAAAAGAGCACAUUCUUAAGCAACCUAUGCUUUACAUACGCAAACCUUAUGUGGUUUAGAUGAAAUACCGAGUCAGAAUAUCGGAGAUCUUCUGAUUUCUCUCUGUAUGCUAUCAUGCUGGCCAUGGGCAGUUAUCCAACAACCUUUGGAAGACGACAUCUUUGUAUAUCUUUGAUAGUUUUAAAAUCUAUGAGUUCCACUUACCUUAAAUGUCACAGCUUGCGGA